CUUACACUAACCCAAUGAUUAUUUCAUACGUUAUACUUAGUUAGCUGAUCGAUAUAUUGCCCUAAUCUUAGUUAAUUCAUUUUAUAACUAGUAACUACGAUGCAAUUUGUAAAUAUUUGUUUGUGUCAAGGUCAGGCUUCCUCAAGGAUGUUUUAAUUAGGUAUUUAGCAGCGGUGGCACAAUACAUCGCACUAAAUCCAGCACACAUAGGAUGGAGACCAACGAUGGCGUGAAGUCGCAAAAGACGUAUUUACAGCACUUGAGCAACGUGAUUAAACGUGUGACUUUCGGUAUACUCAUGAUUUCCGGAUUCCUUAUCAUAAUUCUCAAAGGCCCAGUUAUGCUAAUGUUACUAGCUUUUCUAAUCCAAGUUUUCUGUUUCAAAGAGAUUCUUAAAAUUGGUUACGACAGUAACAAACUUCCACACAACUUACCCUAUUUUCGAUUUCUGUGUUGGUAUUUUUUCAUGGUGGCGAACUAUUUCUUUUCGAUUGAAACGAUAGCACCGUAUUUUCAAAGUUACUGUAAUAAAUUUUAUAAUUUAAAAAUAAUGAUAAGUUAUCAUAGGUUUAUUUCGUUUUGUGCCUAUUUCGGAGGAAUUGUCCUUUUCGUGUUAAGUUUGGUCAGGAAAUAUGAUCUGAAGCAGUUUCGGAUUCUUGCUUGGACUCACACACUGUUGAUACUCAUCGUUCUUCAGUCGUACAUGAUUAUAGGCAAUAUGUUUAACGGUUUGAUUUGGUUGAUUCUUCCAGUUUCCUUGGUUAUUUUAAACGAUAUUUUCGCAUACGUAUUCGGGCGACUGUGUGGGAAAACGCCCUUAAUAAAACUAUCGCCGAAAAAGACGUGGGAAGGUUUUAUUGGGGGCGUUGUAGGAACAUUCAUUAGUGGCUUCUUUUUAUCAAAUAUUAUGUGCCGGUACAAGUAUUUUGUUUGUCCGAUCGAGUAUUACGAAACUGGUAAUAGUGUUGCCUUAUCGUCCGAUUGCACUCCCAGUUAUUUAUUUCUUCCGAAAAAGUAUUUUUUGUGGUUCUUUUCUGUAGAUCUUUAUCCUUUCACGUAUCACUUUGUGGCACUUGCCCUAUUUGCGAGCAUAAUCGCUCCGUUUGGAGGAUUUUGCGCGUCGGGCUUUAAGCGAGCUUUCAAAUUGAAAGACUUCGGUGACGUGAUUCCCGGACAUGGAGGAAUUAUGGACAGAUUUGAUUGCCAGUUCUUAAUGGCCACUUUUGUGAACGUCUACAUUUUUACGUUCGUGAAAAGUCCGAGUGUUGAGCUCAUUUUCCAAAAAAUAUCGUAUUUGGAUGAGAAAAAACAGCUGCAGUUUUAUUACCUCUUGAGAGAGUUUCUGCAAGCAAAUGACUUGGGGAAUUCUACGUACUUUGAUUUGUAAUUUACUUCAAGUCUGCGAAAUAAAUCUUACGUUUUU